ACCGCUGUAUUGUUUUCUCUGUUUCAAUUUUCAAUGUAAUUAGAUUUGGGAAUCUCAAAUUGAGAUAGGUGCAGAAUUUUAUUAAAUCCAAAGUGGCAAAGAGUAAAGUGAUACUUACAGGGGAAGAGCUUACUUUCAAACCCUACUAUCAGGCGACGAGCAUAGCUGUUAACGCUUAAAAUUGUUAUUGAGUCAAAUAAUUAUUAUUUCAUUUUUAAAAUAGCGCAUCUAUUAAAAUGCCGCCUCUACAUUGAUGAAAUACAAUAAAAGUGACUUCUGUGAUUCCACAAAAUGAGCAACUGGGCAAGGAGAAUGCAUCGCCGAGCAGCUACAUUGAGUAAUGUAGUCACGUCUUGUGGCCACCCGAAUUCACUGCCCUAUCCAAGAAGACUAGAAAAAGUCAAAUUCGGCGUUCCACUUCUCGAAGUCUGCAAGGAUGACAUCCCGGGUCCCUUGCUCGUUCUGAUAUUGAAAUUGAACAAGGAGGCACCGCUGCGCCGCGAUGUGUUCCGCGCGCCGGGUCAUCAGGGAGCCAUGAAAAAAUUAAUUCAUUUUCUUCAAACUGGCCGACUAGUCAAUGUGGACAAUUAUUCUGUAUAUACCAUUGCCAGUGUCUUGAAAAAGUUUCUCAGGAAGAUACCAGGAGGCGUUUUCAGCCGCGAUGGUGAAAUGCAGCUCUUUGCAGCAGUUGAGCUGCCGGAGGAAAGGCAGGUCGAUGAAAUUCGCAGAUUGCUAAUGUCACUGCCCGUUUGCACGCAGCGAUUAUUGGUACUGUUGUUUGGUACGUUCCGGGUGAUGGCUUCCAACGCUGACAAAGCGGGUACAGGCAUGACAUCGGAAGCUCUAGGCGUGUCGGUGGCGCCUUCGUUUUUCCACUCUUGCGUGUCGGACGGUAAAACGGCCACAAUGGAGGAUGUGCAGCGUUUCAAGGCUGAAGUUUGCGUGGCGACCCGUAUAAUGCGUCAGCUGAUCGAGCAGUUCAGCGCCGGCGAUCUGUUCGGGAGGGAGAAUUACGAGUACUACGCUCGUGUGACGGGCCGCAUUCUCCGCGUCAAGGACGAAUGGAUAUGCUCGUUCAGGGAUCCUCCGCCGCCCAGACAUCGGAGAGACCAAGAGGCUUAUGCUAGACAAUUAUCGCUUGAAGCAGAAAAGACAUGGCUUCAAUGCGAGUGCGACCGUUGGGGGAACAAGUUCAAUCUCGAAGGUUUAACGAAAUCCGAAGAGUGUCAGUCGAUGCCCGCGCUGAUGGGCGCUGUGGGCGGCGCCAACGCCGGCUCCGUGCUCGGCAUCAUACCGGAGCACAGCUUGCUCGACUCGUGCACCAGGCUGUCGAUAUCGCUCGAGGAAAGCAUUUUUAAGAUAUCAGUCAGUUCGUCAUCGCAAUCGUCAUGCAGUAACUCCAGUCCUCACAUGACUCUGGAGGAGCUCCGGGCCAUCAACAAGUACGCGGAGAGCACAAAGAGCCUCUCAUAUCUCCCUCAGGUGCACGAGCGGCAGCGGGCGCGGAUGCAAACCCGCUCGGAGUGGUUCCUGCAGGGCGCCGGCUCGCUGGAGACGCCGAGGCCGCGCGUCGUUGCAGGCGGCGAACGUCGCAGUACGCGGCGUCGGUCGCGGCGGUCGCGCGUGUGCUCGUGCCGCACGCUCGCGCACUCUGACACUGAGAUCCCGCUCCCUCUCCAGCCUCGUAAAGUGACCGCCUGACCCCACUGCUCGAACCACCCCGCAUCAAGGUAAACACCGAUGCGUGUCGUCCCACGAUGCAUUUGUAUGUCAUUCCAUUUUUUUUUUGUAUAUUGUGCAUCCAAUAUGUGCAUGGGUAUUUUUUGAUAGGAUGUCAAUAAUAUCGAUUAUUUAAUUCGGAUUUAUUGUACGCUAGUUUGCGGUCGAUAUAUCACGUUGAAAUAAUUGUCGUCUUGAUUAAUUAUUAACCUUGUUUUUGAUACCCGUUUUAUAAAUUUGUAACGCGAAUUAAAUAAUAAACGCACACUCAAAUUAACUUUCAAUUAACCAGCGUUUGUGUGGGCGUUGUUAAGUUCACAAUGUUAUCAGGAUUGUCAUUAGGAUGACUUGAAGAUGUGCGGAUAGUUAGUUCACUUUGGUUUAUUUAAAUUUUGUAAAAGAGAAAUAUCAACGCUCAAUUUAUUCGCAAUCUGCCAUACUGGACAUUUUCAAUGUUGUCUAUUAUGAUUAAAUUUAUUGAAACAAAUAAAUAAAAGAAUUCCAGUUUUCGAAAUUUGAAAAUUUUGAGGUGUAUAGAAAAGGUUGAUUUCUAAGCGAAUCUUACCGAUAUUUAUUAGUUUGGAUUUUAAAUGCUAUUAAUGGAAACUUUAUAAAAAAAGGAACAAAAGAAUAAGACCUUUUUGUACUGUGGACUGAUUUAUAAUACGGAUAGUAAAUUAUAUUGCAAUAAUUUCAUAAAUUCGGUGUGUUGUAAAAAAUAUAUAUAUUUGUUUAUCACGUUCGUAGCAUAUAGGCAUACGUCGAAGCAUUUAAUAUUAUGCGAACAUUCCUGUGUAUUAGAUGUAUAUACUGUUUAAGUUUUUUAUUGGGAACAUGUCUUUUUCUACCUCAAAAAUUAUCUGAAUAUUCUUCAAUUUUGUUAAUUUUUAUAUUGAUCACAUAAAUUAAUAAGUUUUCUUUAUGAAAAUUCUACAAGUGACGAGCCAGAUUUAAAGACUGACGCUUUCUUGUAUCAAGUUUUAAACGAAUAUUUUGUAGCAAUAAUUUAAAUAGUUAAAUUUUAUUAAAAAUUACGUCUAUUAAAGGAAAUGGUACAAAAUAUUAAAUUCUGUUGAAUUGUUAAGAUAUUAGUCCCGACGUAUUAUAUAUUACACAUAUCGACGCUUGAAAGGCAAACGCGACUAAGCGACAAUGCGUUAACUUUACAGUAGACUAAUUUAAAGUUGAAAUACCUGAAACAAAAUUUAUUUU